AUGCUGAGACCUUGGAAUUUUAAAAAUGUAUUGCGACCUGCAUGUUUUUUAAGCUCAGGUACCCAUUUUUUUAAAUCUAUUGGGCGUUAUUACACUACUGGAAAUAAUAACGAUGGUCUAGAUACAUCUUCAUCACCAUCUAUUCUUCCGAUAACAAAACCAUGGUAUUUACAGGAUCCAGCCCCUACUGAGCAAGGCAAUAGUUUACUUAAAAAAGACUAUAUAAGAUUUCCCGAAGAGCCUUAUCCAAAGGUUUUGGAUAGCAUCACCAGUGUCUUACAAAAAAAGCUUGGGGCAACAAAUAUUAUAUGUUUUAACGCAUUAAAAGCACACCGUCCAUUGAAUAGCACCGGUUAUUUAGUAUUAGCCACUGUUCAGUCAAAGAAGCAUGGAUCUAAAAGUGUUGUGGAAUUAAUGAAGUACUUGAAAACAGAAUAUGGUGUAUAUCCAACGAAAGAAGGAGGCCUCACAGCUCAGGAAAUGCGCAAAAGAACCAGAAGAAUGCAGAGAUCAGGGAAGCUGGUAAAAUCACAGUCAAAUUAUGCUGGACAGAGCGAUUGGUAUCUUGUGGAUUGUAAGUUGAAGAGCAAACCGGACGAAAACGUCCAUGUACAUCUAUUGACUGAAGAAAGAAGGAAGGAGUUAAAUCUGGAGGAACUUUUCUGCACUGAAAAGGAGUAUGAGUUAUAUUCUGUUCGACAAGAUGCACCUCCAGAACCCGAAGACUCUAGUGAGCCUGAUAAUAUUCUAGCUGCUCUGAAAAGUUUGGCGAUGUCAAAAUCAAGGCGAUACUACUCUAUGCAGGCCCACAAGACGGAUAAUAUCUCGCUAUACAAUUCAUUACUAAUUCAAGAUUUUCAGACGGCGAGAGAAACUGAUGGCUCUUUAGAAGAUGUUACCAAUGCAAUGGGUGAGCUUCCUGCUGAUGUAAUGAAAGACACGCAAAAAUGGGUUGAUAUAUUUGAGCAUAAAUGGUCUCUUACCAAGAUUACAGAUGUCGAGUGGGCAUUGCGUUGGAAAUUCUACGAAUUUCUAUAUGCAAGCGAUUUGCUUGCUUUUCAAAAAGCCCAACAAGAACAUGUUGCUAAUCUUCAGCCUUACAAGGACAAACUAUCGGUUAGCUUAAAAAAGUUAUUUGGGUACUUUACCCUCAAGCAGUCAAUGGGGGGUAUUCUCAAUCGGGAAGAGCUUAGUUCCUUCAUGAAUCUUUUGAACAAAGAAAUACAGACAGUGGAGCCUGAGUAUGAGGCCGUUGCAUCAAACUAUAAUAAAAUGGUGGUGGAUGUACUAUCCCUCUAUAGACAACAUGAUCCCGAAGUCAUGAAGGAUGAGCGAAUUAUUCUACGUGUAUUGCGAACAAUGGUGAGCUCCAAAAUGAAGAUGCAUGCAUUAUACCAGUACGUUUUCUACAUCACCGAAUCCAAUAUGGACACUAGGAGUGUCAUUCUACUUUGCAUCGAAUUAUUUUGCAAGAACAAGGACUGGCAUAAGCUGUUUCCCCUUUACUUUAAUCGUUGGAUUCCUAAUCACUAUGAGGAUGAGUUGGUGUGGACAACUUUUUUCAGACAUUUGCUGCAGGAGGGUGACUAUGCUGUAUGGUUAAGUGUACUAGAAGAAGGUUUACUGCUUUGGUUAAAGCGUUAUAAUAUAGACCUUAAUGCUCAUCAUGAACUGCGAGACCUCGUUUUAGAGCUACUAAAAAAGGUUGACCCUACCUCAGAACGCUAUAUUGAGUUAAGGAGCGAUCUAUCACUUAUCUAA